UCAAUCGACACCCAGCCAUUCGAAGAGCUCCAUUCUCAACGUCAUGGCUUCACGUGCGUUCCGCCAGGCCCACGGCCGGCCGAAUCCUCCGGUGCAAGAUGAAGAAGCUGCUGUCGCAUCUGACACCGCUAAACUUAAGCAAAAUGAGCGCGAGCGUCUCGAGAUCGAGAAGCUAGAGGCGCGUAUCGCGGAGCAGACACCUGCGCGCGGCUCGCAGCUCGGCGAGGCAGCCAGUUUUGACCUGUUCCCGCUAUCUGAAGCUUCGCGCCGCGGUCUGAGGACCUGCGGCUUCACUGCACCCACCAAGAUCCAAGUCGGCGCACUGCCGCACGCGCUAGCUGGACGCGAUGUCCUCGCAGCGGCUAAAACAGGUUCAGGCAAGACAUUGGCCUUUCUGCUUCCAGUACUUGAGAAGCUCUUCCGUCUCCGUUGGAGUGUGGAGGACGGAUUGGGAGCUCUCGUCAUUUCACCCACACGAGAACUAGCACUACAGAUCUUCGAGGUGUUGCGUAACGUGGGCAAGGCGCACGCGUUCUCGGCCGGUCUGGUCAUCGGCGGCAAGAACUUCCGCGAGGAACAGCUCCGACUUGUGCGGAUGAACCUGCUGGUUUGUACGCCCGGUAGACUGCUACAGCACAUGGAACAGACACCCGCCUUCGAUGCUAGCAAUCUACAGGUGCUUGUACUGGACGAAGCCGACAGAAUCCUGGAUCUAGGCUUCCAGAAACAGUUAACGUCCAUUCUAGAACAUCUACCACCCGCAGGAGAGCGCCAGACAAUGCUGUUCUCAGCUACGCAGACCAAAUCUGUCAAGGAUCUGGCAGCGCUGAGUCUGCGCGAGCCAGAGUACGUCGCGGUGCACGAACACUCCGCCAACGCCACUCCUAAGGGCCUACAACAGAGCUACGUGGUGACGCCGCUGGAGCGCAAGCUGGACGUGCUGCUGUCCUUCAUCAAGUCUCAUCUUAAACAGAAAACCAUCGUCUUCUUGUCCACAUGUCGUCAAGUGCGCUUCGUGCACAGUGUCUUCUGUAAAUUACAGCCGGGUAUCCCGCUGUGUGCGCUACACGGCAAGUACAAGCAAGGCAAGCGUGUGGAAGUGUACUACGAGUUCUUGAACAAGCCAGCGGCAGUGCUUUUUGCGACGGAUAUUGCAGCACGAGGUCUAGAUUUCCCUCAAGUUGACUGGGUAUUGCAGCUUGACUGUCCUGAAGACGCAGCCAACUACAUUCACCGUGUCGGUCGUACCGCGCGAUACAACAAACAAGGUAAAGCUUUAAUGUGUCUCGUACCGUCGGAGGUGGACGGUAUGAUGAAGCGUCUGGAGGACGCCAAGGUGCCGAUUCGGGAGACGAAGCUCAACCCAGCCAAGACCACGAGCUGUCGUCAAAAAGUGGCGUCUGUUGUGGCUGGUGAUAAGGAGAUUAAGGCGUUGGCACAGAAGGCGUUCAUGUCUUAUGUGCGUUCUGUUUACUUACAGCCCGAUCGCGAGGUGUUCGAUGCCACAGCACUCCCCCUAGACGCGUUCGCUGAGUCUCUCGGUCUUCCUGGUGCUCCACGGAUGCCAUUCUUGUCCAAGAUGAAGGCUGAACACGAGAACGGAGGCAAUGAAGCUUUACGUGAAGAACUUCGCGGUAAGAAAAAUGUCAACCGUAAGUUGCAACAACUUAAGGAGAAAAUUAAGGCGGAGAAGGAACGCAAGCGGUUGGCGCGGCAAUUGGCGGCGUUGGGUCCAAAGGAACAAGAAGAAGCCAAGAAAAAACUGGAGAAACGAAAAGAAGAGGAGGAAGAAGAGGAGGAAGAAGAUUCACUUAUGGUUGUCAAGCGGGUACACAACUGGGACGACGAUGAGCCGCUUGACGUGGACUCACUUGGCCCAACUACGAAGAAACAGAAGAAGUUGCGCGUGGACCGUGAAGCCAUCAACGCGUCCAAGAUCGUCUUCGACGAGGAAGGCAACAGCGCCAAGAUCGCGGACCGUCUAUCGGCGCGUAGCAGUGCGGAAACGGAGUUCGCGGACGUGGAGCAACACGCCAAGAACUACACGGAACAGGUGGCCGCUCGUCUUGCCGCUAAGGACGAAGAGGACCGUCGUCUGGAGAAGGAGCGUGUGCGUGCUAAGCACCACAAGAAGCGCAUGAAGAUCAAGGGCGAGCGCGACGACGACGAGAGCGAAGACGAAGGCGCGCGUCUUGCUGUGGCCUCGGACGAUGAAGAUAUGAGCAGUGGCAGUGAGAGCGACAGUGAGGAAGAAGCCAGUAGUGAGGAAGAAGAGAGUGACAAGAAGAACGUCGACCGCCAGGCUGUCGCCAGCCAGGAAGAGAUGGCGUUGGCCAUGUUGCAGCGUCGGUAGAUUCUGCCAUACAUUCUGCACUAACACUUGACCAUAGAAACGUUUCUAUUCGAGAAUAGGAAAAAAAUAUUUCGAGAGAUCUGAUUGGCC